GCAUUAUCGAUGAAAUUUUGUGAAGUUGCUUUUUCUUAAAAUUUAAUCUUGUCACUCUUGCCGACUCGCGACAACCUCGCAACUUCACAACGUGUCAAAACUAAGGACCAGUAUGCCAGAUUACUGCAUAAUAGACUUUAAGGUGACUUGGACUUUGCAUACGAUAGCAGAUUCGAAAACUCGCUAUGACGAGCACCACCCCGCCGCAGCUUGCUCGGCCUAUGGUGAAGGCUACUCCGCUUAAACCGAUAUUGAAGUCAUCAUCACUGCUUAACUCUAAACGAACUAGCGACGAUGCUGGCUUCGACGGCGACAGCAUGGAAUCCCCACAGAGCCCUCGAAAACGCCAGAGAGUAGAGUUCGAUCUGAACAACAUCGAAGUCCACGAGAUUGGAAUACGAUCGGUCGACGAAGUAAAACAGGAAAUUAGAAAAGCCUUGGAUCGUCAUGAUCAGGAAGAUGACGAAGAUUACGAUAUAUUGAAAGAGACGUUAUCUGGAAAACAGUCGUCUUCCUACGACGACGAAGAUGACGAGGAUGCAGAUCCUACUUUACUAGCAAAGCGACGCCAGGAACUUAAGAUAUACUUGAUCGCACUUGCAAGCUUUUCCCCUCGUUUAGGCAGAGCCUGCGACGGUCUUGUCAAGAGCGUAUUGCAAUGUCAAUGGCUCGGCCGAGAUGACCAGUUUGCGAAAGUCUACGUUCAAUUCCUCGCUGCUCUCGUCAGCGCGCAAGGUGCCCGUCUAACACAAGUACUGUCAUCCAUCGUUGAAAGAUUUACCGACUCUCGACUCUCUGACUGGGCUGUCCCUAACUAUCCGAGUGUCAACCGCGAAGCUGCGCAGGAGAGACUUCACGUUGCUCUAAAAUACCUGAUACAACUAUUCCCCGCUGCUAAACCCGUCCUAGACCAUCUCACAGCUACCAAAUAUCCCUUCCACGACGAGUCUAAGCGCAUGCAUCUGGCCUACGUUGAUAAUCUGCUAAGAUUACGAUCAUACUGCCCCGACCUGAAGACCGAUAUCAUGGAUUUAAUCAUAGGCCGCUUGGUCAAGAUUGACGUGGAAAUGCAGAUGGACCUGGACGAUAUGGACGAUAGACUUACUACGAUGGUGGCGAUGGCUCUCAAGUCUUCUCGAGAAAACCGAAAUCAGGACGAAGAAGACGAUGACGAAAGCGAUGCUGAGUCUGUGGAUAGCGACGAAUCCGAAGAUGAAGAGUACACGCGCGUGAAAACCGCAAAGGAGAACAUUGAAAAGAUGGAUUCUAUUCUCGACACUCUCUUCGAGCUUUAUACGCCCAGCUUUGCCGACCCAGACUCGGAUGAAGCCCUGGGAGCGUUUGAGGAUCUCCUAUCCGAAUUCUCGAAUCUCAUCUUACCUACAAUAAAAUCGAGGCACACUCAAUUCCUGAUCUUCCAUUUUGGACAGAAAUCCGAGAGGCUCAUGGACGCAUUCUGUGGCACUUGCAUCAACAUCGCUUUUGAAUCCCAACGUCCGAUGAUCCUCCAGCAAGCGGCAUCUGCCUAUUUAGCGAGCUUCGUCGCUCGAGGAGCACACGUGCCUGGUCAUAUCGUCGUGAAGAUCUUUGAAGUCUUGGGUUUCCACUUAGAUCAAAUGCGGACCCUCUACGAGACAUCAUGCCGCGGGCCUGACGUUCGUCGAUACGCCCCAUUUUACGCGCUGGUGCAGGCGUUGAUGUAUGUUUUCUGCUUCCGGUGGCCGGACCUGAUCAAGUCAGUACCCGACGAAGUCGACCCGGAUGAUCUUUCGUCGUAUCUUGGCCAAGAGAUUGAAUGGGAGCCCGAGAUCAAAGACAUUAUGCGUCGCAAUAUCCAUUCAAAAUUGAAUCCUCUUAAAGUCUGCUCGCCAGCUAUUGUGGAGCAGUUCGCAAAGCUAGCCCAUCGGUUCGGGUUCAUGUACGUGUACCCGACCAUCGAGUCCAAUAAGCGACUUCGCCUAUCGCAGUUCUCAGCUGGGGCUUAUUCUAGCGGAGGUGCCUUACGCGACCUGUCCUUCGAUGUGAAUGAUGAGAGCUGGCAGCAGUUAGGAUCGUUUUUCCCGUUUGACCCUUACCAACUCCCAGUCAGUAAACGAUGGAUCGAGCAAGAUUACCUGCAAUGGCGACCUAUCCCCGGACUUGAUCGAGACGAACUGGACGAGGAUAGUGACGAGGAGGAACACGAUGAGAACGAAGAGGUAGAAGAAGAUACGGCCACGGAUGACGAAGCCGGAGAUGAGGAGUAGUCACCUUGGUCUGAGCACCUAAUGUACCCUAUAAGACACUACGAUAUGCAUUCGAUCGGCGUUGGUACUUGGUAUGGGACGGGCUGGACAAAAAUGGGAAUGAUACCUGUAUUUAGGGACGGCGUUUCUCGGUCACAACCGACCUUGACGGUUUGAUACUGAUUUCCAGGAUGUUAGGCGUUUGUCUUCUUAUUGAUCAAUUACACUUUUAGUAUUUGCGAUAAUCUUGCUCUCCAACCUGACCUACUCAUACUCAAAUGUUUUCCGGGAUAUGUAAGUCUAGUGCGAACGACUCGUCGCUAAGAUUUCUAAUUCUAGGAGUUUGGUAAUAAUUCGAGAAUGAGAAAAAAAGCCAAAAAUUCAAGUCCAAAGCAAUAAA